AAUUUCCCCAAUUUGAGUGAAAGCCUGGGGGCUUGUUGAUUUCAACUACCACGACGCAGACUGACAAAAAUCAAACAACUACCAUUUACCCACUGGAUCAAGUCCACGAUCAUCGGAACCCGGUCGCCACUAGCCAGAUACGAAAUGGCAACAACCAUGGCCAUCAUUCCCUCGACAGUUCCCAGCCAAGCCAAGCGAAAACAGCCGCCCGAUGGCACAACUACCAUUUCUUCCACGGACGAUGCUACCACGAACAACAAGAAGCAGAGGACGGGGCCCAGUAAUUCCCGGAUCCCUUCCAGGCUGCCGCUAGAGCCCCAUGAGGCCGUCCUGACCGAGCUGCGGCCCCGGUACGACAUUGCUACCUUCUCAGUCAUAUCCUCAACUAGCAUGUCCAAGCGGAUCGAGCAGAUCCUCACCCACCUCGGCCGAUUCCACCCCUCAGACAUGGCCGUCCUGCCCGGUGCUGCACUGCUACACGCCCGAUCCAGAGAUGCCGCCAAGAUGGUGUCCUUGACAGAGCUUAUCUGUCGCCGGAUCCACGAGGAGGGUCAGAAGUGGUUCCAGUACAACAGGCUGUACGAGGUCGAUGUCGAAGCUUCCGAAGAAACCACCGUAAUUGAGGAGACGGUGCUCCGUGGUGUGUCUGACGACCUUGACGAGGAUGGGUUCGAGAUCGCAGCUACGGAGCGGGCAGUGGCUGCUCCAAAUGUAUUUGAGAGAGCAGUCAUGGGUCGGCCCAAGACGGAGCAUGCACUCUAUAUGAGUGUUUUCUUGUCAAGAGUGCCAAUCCCGGAACUCAGGGCAAAAUCCUUCAUCACAGAGCAGACAAACUCUGCCGCAAUCAACCAGCAACAAAGGCGAAAUUUUGGCUAGUUAUCUCUGGCCCGUCAACCACAAUGAGCACACGAAGACAUUUCUCCUCCCGAGGUUGCCCCCACCACGUUUUGCUUCCUAGUCAACAUAUUUUGUUGGCAAAGCUGCACUACUUUGGCUGUGCACACGAUACGGACGGCCCUUACUCCAUUACUUGGUGGGAGAGUUUUGACGAAAACCUUUUAAUAUUUGCAUUGCAUUUGGCGUUCAAGGAAUGGACGUAGACAUGAUACCCGGCAUCCGGAAUGAGACAUGAGGCAACCAAGGCUUUCUCACACAUCUACAGCUAGCCUCUGGCUUUCUGGUUCCAGAUAAACACAAUGAUCCUUCUGUACCUAAUUAACACGACAGACUUGCCUUUUUUGCCACCACCCUAGCAUUCAGUAUAUCCAAAUAUAACAUGUCAUGCUUUUUUCCCAACCC